CUUUGUUUCUGUUCCUUAAACUCUCGAUUUCGUUGUGCAGUCCGCUAAGCAUCAACUGGUGUUGUUCUUGCAGAAAGCGGAUGUUCUGCUCCAGCUGCGCCACUCUUGAGGCCUCCUGCGUCUUGGGACCAUCCAGAUUUUUGAAGGAAAGCUCUGGAGUCCUAGACACAGCCACAACCUCGCCAUUAACGUUGCCCAAGCUCGUUUUAUUCACCUACGAGUUAAAAAAUACUGUCAAUCGAGUUUUAGUUCUUUCUUAGUGAUUAUGACGUGUGAAACUGGCUUACCCCGUUGACCUGGGCGAAAGGCUGGACGGGCAACUUAGCAAUCACUUUAGAGGCCAUAACCCAGCAAUUUGGAAACGAAAGCUGUUUCGACUUGCACAGUCGGCUCAGGCGUAAACAAAAGACGAUCGAGCAGGUUGCAUGGGUGUUUGGAUCGUCAAGAUGCCGGCGGUGCGCGACUGUCAACUGUUUCUGCAGAGGGUUGCUCGAUGAAACUCUAUCCAACCGAGCUGUUACCGGUUUAAGUUGCCGAAUUGAGUUGUUUUUUUAUUGUUACGCGCUUUAUUUGCGGUAUUUUCGACUGUGAUUCACACCUCGCGAAUUUAUUGAUCGGUUACGACGCGUCGCGACGGACAUGCUCCAAACUACCCUCGAGAAAAGGGUGGGGGGAUAAAGUUGCCUAUCUUUGGUUUUGAAGUUUGGCACAAAAUUUGAUUUAAGUAUAAUUUGCUUAGGCUACGAAUACAUUAAAUUUCUUUUAAAUAUUAACCCAUCCUUAAAUUAAUAAGAUUUUAUUUCUUAGCUUAGAAAAGUUUAUAAACGAGGUGCAUACUAUACUUUUUCUACGACAAAUACUUAUUAUUAUCUUAAAAUGAUUUAAAUCAAAAAUUUGUAUAGAGCGCCAUCUAUGAAACAAUAGGGGAAUCUGUGUGUCACCGUCAAAUGUCACAUUUUUACAUUUUAUAAACACAGAUUAUAAAGGUCAUAAAUCGAAAUGUAUUUCUUGAAAAUUGUCAGUUUUUUACAGUGAAAGUAAAGAAAAUGUUUUAUGAGCACUUUACAGUGUAGUCCGUGCCCGAAUUUAAGUUAUAUAAACUUUUCAAAUAUUGGCGUUGAAAAACUAUUUAAUACUUUUGUAUUUUUGUAUUGAGAUAAUAAAAUAAUUUUCACAUUUAGUAUUAUUUUACAAGAAAGGCACUUUAUUUUAACGAUUUUAUGACAUUUGACAACUGUAAACUAACUUAAAACUAACUUCAGCCCGUGACUAAAAACCUGUUGCUAACUUCAGCCCCGGCUAAAGCGCCAUAAAGCCACAACUUGUCAAAGUGUAUUUAAAAGGUCACUUAGUGUCAUGGAAAUAUGUACAAUAAAAGGCGUUUUAAAGGUGGGAGUAAAAAAAAUAAUAUAUUAGUUUUUCUUGAAAUAAGAAUAAGUUUACCCUUGCACCUAACAUUGAAAUUAUAUCCUAAUAAGUAUAGGUUAGUUCCUAAUUUAAAUUCCAAAUAGAUAUCUAGUUUCUUCCAAUAGAACGCGAAUGUAAAACACCCUGUACAAAAGGUUGUACUUACCACAACUUUUCCUAAUACUUGGGCCCCAUUUUCGGAAAUAGUCGGGGAUAAAGGGGGCAAUAUUAUGGUAUUUAAAGGCACCUUUCUGUCGACUAAAGAAGUGCUUCUGGAGAUCCUCAAUUUCAUUCUUUUUUUCUAUGAUUAUUUCAAAAUUAUUGUCACUAAACCACUAACUGCGUCAGCUUAUCCCAGUAAAAAUGUUAAUAAAUGAUUUAAACAUUGAUAAAAUGUCACUCUACUACUACUAAUCGACUAUUAUAUUGGAAACACCAUCCCUCUCUGAUACAAUGAAUUUCCUAUAUCCAUCCCUUUUCUAUCUUCAUUGGCCAGGAAGUAUUGGUUGACUUGUUAAAGUCGUCACCAUGGUAACUUGGUCAGCUGUCGUUUAAAAAACGUAAAUACCAACAGAGGGGUUGUCACGUUUGAAGGUUCAGUGUGUUUUUCGUAAUUGUGUUAUAAUUUUUUAAUGUUUUAUUUUUGAGUUUACAUGGAAGGACUUAAAAGUACAAUCCUCAAGCAAGACAUAGCUUUAGCGAAAAAACUUCAAAAUGUUGGGAAUUGGAAGAAAAGACUCAACUUCAACGAUGAUGAGUUAAGAGAGCGCCAAAAGAGCAAAUUCCAUGGCCACCCGAGGGCAAUCGACGAAUCUGAAGAAGAAUCUGAUCCAUCACCACCCACACCAUCUUCAAGUGUGUCUUCAAUAAACGCCAAUUUGUUCAAGGAAGAAAUAAUCAGACAGGCACUAAACGGCAACCAAAUGGUCAAAGACUUCUCUGUUAUGCUCAACCAGGAGCAAAAUCAUGACUACGUUUCCCCCAAAAAUGAUCUAAUAUUUGGGGGCGACAACCUGGACUUUCUGCAAAAUUACAACAAAUCCAUGAAGGACAUAAGAACCAAGAAGUAUGUGGACUCGGCAAUCGAAAUGAAAACCUCGGAGAACAGGCGGAGUAAGGUGCGCGUUUUCGAAGAAAAAAACAGGCGCAAAUUGAAGAUCGACAACAGAAAGUGCAGCAACGUGCAGAAGAACGACAUCAUCGACUCCCUCUUCGAUAAGAAGUUUAAGUUGGUGGUCGAAAAAAUUCUGCAUGGUUUGAACGAUGUACUCUUGAUCUUGGAAAAAGGUACUCCUGAAGCUGAUGGUGAAGAGGAUUACGUCAAGAGGUUCGAUAGGGUGAAAGGUUUUUCGUCGAGGUUCGUCAUGAAUUACCUUUAUCCGUUGGAACAACAGUUGAAAUAUUUCGAGCAUGGAAAACCUCAAACCCCCAAUCAAAAAUUGAUAACCUGCUACCAUUUGGUUUGCCAAGGGGUGCAGUCGUACCACAACCACCUACCCACAUCUGUGGGAAAAUGUGCCUUUGAAAAGAUGAUUUCUCUUAUGUCAGAUUUGAUAAAAAUCUGCGAUAUCCAUGUGGGCCUGAUAGAGAAUUUAGAUGAAAGUAUAUCUCAGGAAUACAUUUAUAGCCUUAAAAAGAAGGCUGAACAACUCAUACCCAAAUUGACAGAAAUAUUUCGCUCCAAAUCCAAUGAGAGUUUACUGAAAUCAAACAACACUAGAACGAGUUUGGUGUCAAAAAACGCAAAAAGUACAAAAAAUAAUAAAAAUAGGAAGUUCCAAAAUCGAUAUGCAAUGUAUUCAUCAUCAAAUUUCUACAGAAAGGAUGUUGCCUUCAAAAAGGCUAUGGACCAAGUAUCAAAAAAAAAGUUCGAUGUAAAAUCUAAAUACAAGACGGCAACGUUUAAGCACAGACCACCAGUGGAAAAAAUUGAGGAAACCAAUGGUAACAUUUUCCAAAAUCCAAAAUCGUUUUUCGCCAAAAGAUCCUCCAGUAUAAUUCGAUCCAGUCCAGUUUUGAGUGCUAGAAUUGACGAUACUGUCAAAACCCAAAUUGAGGUCGAGACUCUGCAACCUCACACCACGCCCAACGACAGUAAGGAGUGCAGAACCACUUAUGUUAUGUUAUUACUAGACCUGGUGGCUUCCCAAAAGCCCCAUUCUAGACUAACAGUGAAACAAGCAAAAAUAAAAAAUAAUCAUUUUCACUUAGGGGACAUCUCAAUAUAUUCAUCCAUAUUAACAUUACACUGA